AUGGCCGGCAAUGCCGUUGCGCAGGAGUCGAUCUGCGAGUGCGGCGCCGUCCCGCUGCUGGUGGCGCUGCUGCGCGACCCCACGCGCCCCGUGGCCCAGGCGCAGGCCAUGGCGGUCGUCGGCGCGCUGGCCGCGACGCCGGCGGCGCAGGAGGAGAUCUUCAAGGCGGGCGGCCUGCCGGCGCUGACCUCUCUGCUGUCAGAGCCGAUGCCGCGGACCCAGCUCAAGGAGAGCGCCGUCUCUGCUCUCCACGCGCUCUGCCGCGCGUCCGGCGCGCGCGCCAACGCGCUUAUGGUGCAGCCCGGCGCGCAGGCGGCGCUGCAGGGGGCGCUGGCGGCGUACGGGCCGUGCUGGUACCCCUGCAAGGCGGACCUGCACUGCCUGCUGAACCUGCUGAGCAAGGCGCAGGCGGACCUGCACUGCCUGCUGAACCUGCUGAGCAAGGCGCAGGUCAUCGCCGCCGCCGAGGCGGACGGCGCCGUCAUGGUCGAGCGCCCAGAGGCCCCCUAA